AUGAAACAUUAUGAUAAUGUAUCUUAUGCGACUUUUAGUGCUCCACCCGUUCCAUCAGCACCAAUAUCAAAUACACAUCAACGUUCAUUUCUUAAUAGUACAUUUGUUAAAAAAGCCGUUCAUGCAUUUAAAGGUGGAACAGAAACAACAAGUGAACGUCGUGCAAUGAAAGUUCUUGGAAUUGUUUUCUUUGUUUUUCUUGUUGCUUGGCUUCCAUUUUCAAUAUUAAAUAUACUUUCAGCUGUUUGUCCAUCAUGUGCUAUAAAAGCAUCAUUAUUAAAUUUAACUAGUUGGCUUGGUUAUAUAUCGUCAAAUUUAAAUCCAAUUAUUUAUACAGCAUUUAAUGUUCGAUUUCGUCGUGCCUUUUUAUCUAUAUUAACAUGCCAAACAAAUUAUUUUUCACAUAAACGUAAAGGCAAUAAUUUAUAUAUAUUUGUUGCUAAUAAUAGUCAUCAACAAAUACCUAUGGAUCAUGAACAAUGCUUUUUUCCCUCACGUCGCUUUCUUAAUGAACGUCAAUCAAAACGAAGAAGUUAUACUUCAUAA